AUGUCUACAGGUGCACCGCCACGGGGAGCGCUGAUGCGCACAGCGUCGGCCGAACAAGUAUCGCUACAACAUCCGUCUCCCGGGCUGGAGAGCCUGCAGGGGGCGUACAUCAAGAAUGUCGAGCGUCUGGAGCAAUCAGCAGAAGAGAUGAGUCAGGGGGGAAGCGACAUUGGCGACGAGAUUCGCAGGAUGAAACAGGAACAGGACCGGGCGUCAUUACGGUCAAGCAGCAUCGCCUCUGAGUCGCCGUCACUGUCCCAGUCACAAGCUCGUGAGGGCCGUCAGCAGAGCAUCGACAGAGUCAUCAGCACCCGCAGCCGCAACCACUCGACCUCCAGCUACGCAAACUCGAUUGUCGACGUCAACAACCACGCUCGCUGGGGAGGCUACUCGCCCGGAGGAUACAUCACCAGUCCCGCCGUUUCACGCGUGAGCAGCUUCCACCGUCCCUCGGGCAUGCCGGAGCCCGUUCAGGAGGGCCGUCCCCUGGACUCGCCCCUCGCCUCACCCACCUCCUACUCGAGUCCACGACGCCAGCCAUCCCACUAUUCCUUCGCACCAACCAUAGAAGACGCCGAGUUGCUUGACGACCAAGAGAAGCCCACAAACGAUGCAGACAAGACCCCCGAGCCCGAACACCCGGAGUGGGACAAGGCCAGUCGACGACUCUCAGACCUCGACGAGCUGAGCCACUAUUCCCACGAUGGCGAACAACACUAUAACGAGCAAGACGAACAAAGCCUCUACUCUCGUGACCAGCAGAGCCACUACUCGCAACCAGAUCAACAGAGCCACUACUCUCAGCCUGAUCAACAGGAUCACUACUCACACGACGACCCUCAGGCUCCCCAACAGCAGCAAUACUCUCAUCAGCACAAAAUAAGUCAAGAGNNGGAGGAGUGGCAGCAGCAGGCCCAUGAUCUGUACCAACAGGCUGCCGACCAGAAUGCAUACAACGACUUUGUCCAAAACCCGCCGGAUCGUCCACCUACCGCUGAUACUUUCCGCGAUGCCCGCUCGCUCUUCAAGGACUUUGAUGGUGUCCACUACUCACCAGGCCCCGACGAAGAUGGCCCAGGUGGUUUGCAACAACGAAUGUCUCGCAUGUCUCGCCAGCCUCGACCCAUGUCGUAUGCCCGCCCAAUGUCCUACGCACAACCUCCUCCAAACGACGGCAUGGUCUACUAUCCCGCUCCAGUUCCUCGCAUGUUGAAUCUGCCCAAGCGGCUGUCUCAGCUGCCCUCGGCCAACCAACAAGCCCAACGUCGCUCUCAGGUCUUGAGUGCCAUGCCUCUUGCUUCAAGGCAAAGUGCCCCCUGGCUACCUGGUCUUGAUCUCGAAGAGCAAGAGGCAGAAGAAGGCGCCCCGCAAUCUGGUCCCUCCUCUCCCCAGCCAAAACCACAAAGACGAAGCAUGAUGGAUCUCCAGGCCAGCCGAAUGAGCACCGCUAACUUGCCUCCACAACUGAGAGCCUCUGUCUUCUUCGACAAUGAAGGUCAAAAGUCACCGACAGAGGUCAAGAUUCAGUCCGCAUCGGCUGUUGCUACUCUGGACAGUAUUCUAGCUGCAUCUGUCAAUGCUCCUGUCAAUGUCUUUACUGAUCAUCCGUUCGCUGGUACUAGCGGGCAAGAGAUUUAUGCUCAGGAACGUCCUGCGAACCGUCGUAGUGCAACUCUAUCCAAGCUCGAUAUGGUCAUGAGUGACAGUCCAGAGAAGAAGGGACAUGACAGAUCCAUCAGUGCUGGCACGAUUGAGAAACCCGCGUUGUCCAAGCGCAACAGCAUGAUGACUGUACUUACUGACUUUGGUGGCAAAUCCGAAGGCAAGAAGUUAAGGAAGAGAAACAGCAAGAUGAGUCUGAUGACUGACCUGGACAUGAACGAUGGUGAGGACACAGCUACUGAGUUUGCAAAGUCUCGCCCUGCUAGUGUACACUUUGGCAACCUCGACGUUGAGGAGCCAGCUGAGCCAUCCCCCGAGACAGAAUAUACUCAGGCAGCCGCUGAAGCAGCGGCAGGAGACAGAGAGAGCAUCUACAACGACGAACAGGAUAUGAAGAUGCCAUUNUUUGCCCAGCCUACUACUUUGCUGGCAGAGUUGCAGGCUCGCAAAGCUCAUCAAAAGUCUCGUAAUCGUGCCGCUGCAGACGCUUUCCCCGAUGGGAUGCAUAGUACUCUACUUCAGAUGGAUGCUGUCAAACAGGUGGAAAAGAACAAGAAGCAAAAGCAUGGACGUGCUAGACUUGCAUGGGAAGAUCCAGGUGUCGAUGAGGACGAAGAAGACGAAGACGUUCCACUUGGCGUCUUGUAUCCUACAAAGGGUGGUCUGAUCAACCGAGGCAAGAAAGACGAGUCAGAUUGGGAUCGUCCACUUGGUCUGAUGGAGAAGCGUGAAUUUGAAGACAACGAGCCGUUGAGCAGUCGUCGCUUCCGUCUCAAGGGUGUGCCCGCAGCUGAAGCACGUCAAAUUCGCCAAGAGAUGGAUAGACAACGUCGCGAGGCUGCUCUGCCACCGCCCGAAGCAGUUCCGUUGCCGGGAGAAGACUCGAACGAAGAUGAAGACCCCGAUGAGCCGUUGGGACAACGCCUGCGUCGUCUCAAGCAGAAGCAGAUGCUCAAUGCAGCGUUAGGCGAUGUUGCAGAAACUGACAAACGCAAGUCUACCGCUUUCUCUGAAGACAUUCUCAGCACAUUCGGAGGCAUAACAGGCACGAAGACCGAUACCCCUGAACCCGAAGAAGAAACACUGGGACAACGACGAGCACGCUUGCAACGUGAGCGCGAAGCAGAAGCCAAACGAGGCGAUACCUCCGACCCACCUUCUGUGCGCACCAUCCGUCCUNNCCCCCUCCUGCGCUCAUCCUCUUCUCUUGCAAACCUUCUCGCCGCUCACCCUGUCUCCUCUCCUGGCGGUCCUCGCUCUGCCAAUGCUCCCGCAGCUAACUCUCUUUUGGCCGACGCCGCCCGCGCUGAAGAAGAAGCACGACGAAAACUCCGCGAGCGCAACCGCACAAGCUCAUACAACCGCCUCACCAGCGACAUGCCCAAACACUUUGCCCCUCAACCGCCACCCUUCCUGCUAUCCUCGAAAUCCACCGGCGCAGUACCCCAAUACUUUAACUCGCAGACCUUGCAACCGCAACAAGCGCCAAUGAUGUAUCCACCGCAGAUGGCUGCUGGAGGCUUCCCUGGUUAUGGCUUUGCUCAACCACCUCCUUUCUUGCAGCCUACAGCCCAGUAUCCGAAUAUGAUGUUUGGAAAUGCGUAUCCUGGGUAUGGACAAAUGCAGAUGCCUCAGCAGCAGCAGAUGAUGCCUAUGCAGCAGCAACAGGCGUAUGCGCAUAUGGCACAGAUGCAGGCGGCAGGAGGCAUGCACGAUCCCAAUGUCGUUGCGCAACGCGAUCUGAUUGAUCGUUGGAGACAGAGUAUCAUGCAUUAA